UGCUUCCUGGUUCGGACAGCGAGACAACGGCUGGAUAUAAACCGGAGGACCGUCUGUCUCCCGGGGACGGAUCCCGGCGGCUCCCGGCCUGUAGCAGCUCCUCCCCCCCCCCCCCCUCCCCUGGCGGCCUCGGUUCAGAUGGAGGACUCGGAGACGGAGCUGGCGGUGUCGGAGUCGGAUGCCCUGGGCGCAGACUUCAUCACGGUGGAGUUGGACACGCAGCCCAUCGAGUACGUGGUGAAGUGGGCCGAGGUCGGCUCCAAGUUCACCAUCUCCUGCGUGAAGAAGGACUCGGACGACCCGGCGGACCUGAGCGCCGAGCAGCUGAAGAUCGAGACGGACGAGGCCUUCUUCGCUCCCUACGAGGAGGUGUACCCCUGCGAGGUGACGGAGCAGAGCGUGGAGAUAAAGACAGACUCCGACGAGGACGAGGAGGACGCAGAGGAGGAGCGGGAGGUGCUGGUGGAGGCGGGGAGCAGCCGGUUGGACGGGGAGGCCGACUCGGACCAGGCCGACUUUGAGCCGGACGAGCGUCAGUACCGCUGCAGCUACUGCGGGAAGUGUUACAGCCACGCCUCCAGCCUGUAUCGCCACCAGCAGACGCACACCGGCAAGAACGGCGGGGCGGCGCCGCCUGCCAAACGGGCGCUGGAGCCCACGCAUCAGGAGGCGCGCUACACCUGCCCCCACUGCGGGAUGAGCUUCAAAGGCAGCAGGAUGUUGGGGAGCCACCUGCGGCUGCACGGGAAGCGGCGGAUCCACCCCUGCAACAUCUGCGGCAAGGAGUUCAACCACAGCUCCAGCCUGUCGCGCCACCGUCUCAUCCACAAGAAAGGAAAAGGCCUCCCCAAGGACGUCGCCCUCGGCCCCAACAUGGCCGCCCUGCGCCACUCGCUGAAGGCCGGCGGCAAGAUCAAAAAGACCAAGAGGCAGCGGCAGCAGCAGCAUGUGGCAUCCGCCAUCAUCCAGAGUCAGGGUGGCGAUAAGUUCUAUGCCUGCCCGCAGUGCGACAUGAGCUUCAGGACGUCCACGCAGCUCUCCAAACACCAGGUGACCCACGUCAAAGAGCUGCUGGACAACUACACGCCCGGCAAGGAGAACCUGGGCGAGAGCUCGUCCGACCUCAAGAUCCGGCUCAAGCUCUGCUCCCGUGACAAGCCCAACUUCUACACGCUGUGCAAGAAGAACCGCCGCCGCCGGGGGGUGCGGGCCGGGAAACGGGGCUCCGCCGUCUCCGAGGAGGAGGAUGGAGGAGGAGGAGCCGGUCGCCAUGGCUGCAGCCAGUGCGGGAAGCAGUUUAGCCACGCCUCCAGCCUUGCGCGGCACCAGCAGACCCACAGGGCGGUGGACGGUGGCGGCGGGCGGGGGAAGCUGCAGCAGCACCAGAAGCAGCUUCACAUGAAGACCGGACCCCCCGCCGCCAAGACCAAGACCUACACCUGCACCGCCUGCAACAAGACCUUCAUGCACUCGUCCAGCUUCUCCCGCCAUAAGAAGGCUCACCUGGAGGAGGAGCAGCGGGCCCACGCCGCCGCCGCAAAGCGCCGGAAGAGAGUUGUCUUAGACGAGACCGCUCCGCUGGAGUCCGACUCGGAGUGACAUCACCCAGCUCCAGACUGGGGUUGGACCGGUUCUGGACCUGUUCUGGGUUGUUCUGGGUUCUGAACUGGUUUAGGUUCUGGACCAGUUGGAGUUUGUUGGUCCGGGUUUCAGGAACUGGAUCUGGUGUAGAUAGCAGCAGGACAUCCAUAUAUGGUCGUACAGCGGGGGGACCUCCGCAUAUGGUCAUAUCCAUAUAUGGUCAUAUCCAUAUAUGGUCAUAUCCAUAUAUGGUUAUCUAUAUAUGGUCAUCACUGACCGUUCGCUAAUUGCUCUUAAGGAUGGGAUUAGAUUUAAAGUGUUACCCCCACAGCCCGCCCCCUGCCCCGCCCCCUCCUCCACUCGUCUGAUUGGACGCUACACUCCAUUUUCCCAUCAGCCACCUGGGCAGAGAGAUGGCAGCUACGGUCUCUUCUGUCCGUCGCAGGCCACGCCCACCUGACACCACAUUUCGCAUCAGCCCCAGGACCUGGCUUUCAGUGAGCAUGCAGAGCAUCAUGGGAAACUGAGUCUCAUAACAACAUUGAAAGUUGAUUUUAUGGAAGUUUAUUAACGACAAAACUACAAAUUACUUUUGAACAAAGCCCGCCCGCUGCUGCUCCAAUCAGAUGAAAGUGUUUCUCUCUCUUAAUCUUAUUGGUUGACUGUAAAAAAAAUUAUAACAGUAAUAAUUUCAAAGCAACUGCAACUUUCAUUAAAUUUUAGUUUUAAAUCAAACUCCCAAGUUUUGAAAUAAACUAAUAAUAAUGAAAAUUUACUUUUCUUCUUUAGAAAACAAAAAAAUCUCAAACUCAUUAAAGUAAACAUUUAAUUUAAUAUUUUUAAUAUUACAUUUUCAAUCAACAUAAUGAAAAAAAUGCAUUUUGUCUGUCUAAAACUCAAAGAUUGAAGUUUUUCUAAAGAAGUAAAGUAAAUUACCUCAACAAAAGAUUCUUCUUCUUAUUAUUAUUAUUAUUAGUAUUAUUAUUAUUAUUAUUAUUUGGCAAAACUGUAUUUUAGUUUAUUUGAAAACUGAACAGUUUGUAGUGAGACAGCUGCCUUUAAAAAUAAAAGUAAAAAUAAAUCAAUCAGUUGUUCUUUUAAAAGAAAAAAACCUCCAGCAUCACAAUUAUUUUAAUGGAUACUUUAGUGGGGUUUUUUUGGUCUCAGAUUAAAUUGUGUUUUCUCUCGGCGCUCCUUCUCUUCUGUAGUUAUUCUUCAAUUUAAUUUUAAAAUUCACAUUUUUCUCUCAGAAUUCUGAAACUUUUGCUAAAAGUUUGGAAGGAACUCAAAACUAAGUUUAAACAAGUUAAAACAAAUCUUUAAUUAUUGAUUAUUCUGGAAAGAUAUUCAGUUUACUGUGAGAAUAAAAAGACCCUCAAAGAAUGUUUGACUUCAUUAAUCUUCAGUUGAAAUUUCUUUUAAAACUAAAACGUGAUUGAAAUGAGUUUUGUCGUUAGUGAACCUCCGUACAGUGUCAGAGUGCAGACCUCUUUCCUCUCUGAUGUCAGCGCCCUGUUUCUUCCUGGUUUUGAUCAGGGUGAUUCUGAUUGGCUGAAGUUGUUGUUGCAGCGUUGAUUGGUCGGCUGUGGUUAAAGGUUUUUUUUUAAGAUGUGAAAUCCAAGCAGACGAGCUGAUUGGUUGGAGCCGGCGCUCCUCCACGUUAACAUUUGCAUGAAGACUAUAACCUGCAGCUAGUCAGCCAUAUUUGUAGUUUUUCAGCGGUGUGUGUGUGUGUGUGUUUGAGGACCCAUCUGCAGCGUCGGACUUUGGGAUUUCUCGUUUAAGCAGCGAGUGGCGGCGCUGCGGUGGCGUUUGGAGGGAAACUGCACUACGUAUUUAUGAAUUUGGAACAAUGUUGUAUUAAUAUAUAAAUAUAAAUAUUUAAAUGUCAUUCACUAUAAACACAACAGAGCCUGGCCUGGCUGCCCCCGUUACCGUAGCAACACCACCGCCACCUUCAUCGUUUAGCAUCAGCAGCAGCAGCAGCAGACAGGAAAUGACUCCGACAGACAACGUCCUGAUUUUCAAAGUAAAAGCAUCCAAAUUGGUUUAUCAAUGAGUCCUGUGAAGAUUUGGGGAUUUUUUUUGUGGAUUUAAAAACUGAAAUCAAAAACAAUUUAUUGAUAUUAAUAAUAAUUAAUAAUUAAUGAAUACGUGAUUGAUCCAGCACAGACGGACUAACGGACGUUUUGGACCAAACGGACCAACCUCAGAGUUUUUCCUCCUGACAGACGAGCAGCCAAAAUAAACCCCCCACAAACCCCCCUUCACGUUUGGUUUCCUCACCGUCUCGCCAUGUGAUGGCGGUGGCGGCGGCGAGCACUUUGAGUUUGUGAAUAACAUUUUACUGUGUGAAUUGGAUUUGAUUUAAUUUAAUGGUGACCUAUUUAUAAAUGUGUGUAGGCGGCGGACUGUCGCACUACGAACCUCCCGUAGAAAAUAAAAACAAGCUCCUCGUCCUUCUCCUCCUCCUCCUCCUCCUCCCCGGUUUGUGUUUGCUCAGUUUGGGCCCUCCCAGCUGCCGUUCUUUCCGUUGUGUCGGUUUCCUCUUUGGUUCGUGGUUUCAGCGAAGCUUCACCUGCAGAUAGAAGGUUGUUCGUCAUUGUAUCGUGUUUGCCGAUAGAAUAAAACCAGUUGACAUGUUUUGUCUUUUGUAAUAAACCUUUAAAUCAA